AUGUAUGAAAAGUUAAAAAAAGAUGAAAAUAAAGAUACAAGUGUUGGUAUACCGCUUUAUAACAUAAAUGAAGAAAAUAAUAAAUUACAACAGGAUAAAAUAAAGAUUACAGUUAAGAAUGCAGAGGACCCAGUAGAAUAUAUAGAAUUAAGACCAAGCGACAAAGUUCAUUUAUUAAAAUCCUCAAUACUAAAGAUAAAAAAUAAACCAAAACACAAUUUAAGAAUAAUAUAUAAUGGGAAAAUGCUAAGAGAUGACUCAAUGACUCUAAGCGACUGUAAAUUAGAAACUGGAAGUGUUGUUAUUUGCUCAAUUACCGAACCAAUAGUAUUUUCAAAUCCAACAGUGGCAGCUAUUCCAAAUGAUAAUGGCACAGAUACUGCCACAACAUCACCAACAACAACCAAUAAUAGGGUUCAAAACAAUUCAUAUAUACCACCAGAAUUUGUUAUAGAAAUGGGAUCCAGACAACAGUUAGGUUUGGAAUCACCUCCAGCACAAACUACAACUUUACCCAAUAGGGUUUUUGGUAGUAGUAGCCCUUUUGUAAGAGAUUCUAUCGAGUUGACUUUUGGUUUACUAUUCGGUUUUUUCUUUGGACCAAUUUCAUUAUUUUGGAUUACCAAAGAGUAUCUUACAAGAACAACCAAAAUGGGGAUUGUUUUUGGUGUAAUAUUUUCAGUUAGUUUAUCAUUGGUCAGAUUAUCAGCCCAAACAACCACAAUUUAG